AUGCGCAUUAUUGACAAGAAAAAGGCUGAUAAGCCUAUCAUUGAGGUUCUGCAGCAUCUCAAUUCACACCCUCCCCACGCCGUGCCCGCCCCUCCAGUGAACGCCAACCUGCAGUAUUGGGUGCCCCGUCCCGAUCUGCGCGAUCACAACACCGUUGUCAAUGAAUCAUACUUUAUACAGUUCCAUUCCUAUGUCAAUCGCAUCUCCCCUCACCUCCUAAAGUACCCCCACAGCGGCAGCCCACUCUUCUCCGACGCUGAAGCAGAUGCAGCUCUCGAAGCCUUCGAAGCUGGCAAUGAUGCUGUCGAGGAAAUCUCCGAAUCCGACGCUCACUUGGACGAGGCCAAGCCAGCUUCCCGACAGCGUUCAGCUAUGAGUCAGGCUUUGCGUGGACUGAUCACCAGACUGCGUCCAUUCGGUCUGUCCAAAUCCGAGGUCCUGAUGAUCCUCAACCUAGGUGUUGGUCUCCACCAUCCUGCCCCCGAGGCUACUACCAAUGGCGAGGCCAUGGAUGUUGAGGGCGGCGAGGAGGAGGACGAGGGUCCUUUGGCCAAUGAAGAAAGUGGUACUCUCGCUCUUUUCGAGGCCAUUGUUGAGGAUCGCGAUGAGCGGUUCUCCGAUGAGGAGGUGAAGCAUAUAUUGACUUACAUCCGCUAUUUCCUUGACAAGGACUAUCUCAAGUCCAGUGUCUCUAAGUAA